UCGCACACAAGAAGCCCCCUGUACGCGCGCCAGGCGAGCAGUGGCCACAAGCACGGGCAGAAGGACACGGACACAUGGAGUAAAAGUGGACUGUCAAACAAAGUUUUAAAAACAAGAUCUAAAGCAGGGAGAUUGAUUUAAACACGUCCUUCAGGAUGGCAGAUUCUGAGGAAAAAAACAAUAGCUGUGGGACAAUAUGCCUCAAAUACCUUCUGUUUGUCUUCAAUCUUCUCUUUUGGUUGGCAGGUGGCGCUGUGAUGGCAGUGGGAAUAUGGACUCUGGUGGAUAAAAGCGACUACAUCAGCCUUCUGUCCUCCAGCACCUACAUGGUCGCUGCCUUCAUCCUGAUUGGUGCGGGUGCCGUCGUCAUGUUCACUGGGAUGCUGGGAUGCUGCGCCACCAUCAGGGAACAAAGAGGACUUCUUAUAGUGUUCUUUGUCCUGUUGUUGUUAAUCUUCCUUCUGGAGAUCACAGCUGGAAUUUUGGCCUACGUCUAUUAUCAGGAGUGUUUUCCUCUCUGCUACCAGCUGAAUGCUGAGCUGAGAGCUGAUCUGAAAGAGAGGAUGGUGGAAAAUUACCAGAAGCCUGGACAAGAGCACAUCACUAGAGCCGUCGACAAACUCCAGCAAGACCUGAAGUGUUGCGGCAGUAACAGCUCAGCGGACUGGAGGGACGGGUCCUGGAUACAGACCUUUGCUGACAGACGCCUGGUGCCUGACAGCUGCUGUAAGACCCCCACAGAGCGCUGUGGACUCAGAGACCACCCAUCCAACAUCUACAAAGUAGAGGGUGGUUGUAUAUCCAAACUAGAGGACUUUAUUCUUCAACAUCUGCUGAUUUUGGGCUCAGUGGGUCUUGGGAUUGCAUUUAUUCAGAUUUUUGGGAUGAUUUUUACCUGCUGCCUUUAUCGAAGUCUGAAAGAGGAAAUAUACUGAGAAAGAAGACACUUUAUUCCCACCAACACCAAAUAAGCCUCCUGCUGUCUGUUACUGUGCUGUUUUAUUGUGCUGUGUGUCAUGAUUAUGUCACAAUAAUGCAAGAUGACAGGUCAAUAUGUCUUGGCUGCAGGACAGUCGUUCUGGAAAGGGAACUUUACUGUGUCUUGUUUUAAGCAAAGAUUAUGGAUGCAAUGUUUGUUAUAAGAUUGAAUUUUGCAGUACAAAUAUAUCAGUGGAAUAAUAAGGAUUAUUUUGUUCUGACAACUCAUGCCUUCCAACAAUAUUCCUUCCAUUGAUUAUUAAACAUACUUUCCAGUUACAUAAGUAAUUAUUGGCACACUAUCAAUAGUAAGAUGGCUAGCAAUCUUUAUUAGCAGAGUAAUCUUGAAAUGACAUAUGCAUUUCUACAUGCUUUGUAACAUUUGUUCUGUUGUAAUUUAUUUGCAUCAGUUGGCAAUAAUAUUCAAGGUGUUUACUGUGUUUGUAGAUUUUCUGUAACCAAGGAUGAUUAAUAAAAUAAUAAUGAUGUAAAA